CCAUUUCAAUGGGCGCUUUCGCUCACUUAUGAUGCUCGGAAAAGGGGGCUCAUAGAGAGUGACUACUACCAAGUCGUUGUUCAGGAGGAGAUCAAAAAGUUUCGCACUGGUUUAGCGUGGAUUUGCAAUUACGACUGGGUCCCGAUUCCGAUCAUGUAUCCACAGCUGGUCUGCUUAGCCGUUCACACAUACUUCAUCGUGUGCCUCUUGUCAAGGCAAUACAUCGUUUCUGAAGUCGCUAACAAUAAAACAGAGGUUGAUCUUUAUUUCCCGAUAAUGUCCACACUACAGUUCAUUUUCUAUAUGGGAUGGAUGAAGGUAGCUGAAGCAAUGCUUAAUCCCUUCGGUGAGGACGAUGACGAUUUCGAAUGCAACGCUCUGAUUGAUCGGAACAUCACGAUGGUGUUGAUGAUGGUGGACCAAGGUUAUGAUCGCCCACCUGACCUCAAAAAGGAUCCAUUUUGGGAUGACGAAGUUGAACCGCUUUACUCCGAAGAGUCGGCAAAAAUUCCGAAUAACCCACUCAAAGGUUCCGUGAGUGAAGUUAGACUCCCUGAAGGCGUUCACGAAAUAAGAAUGGUGCCUCACUUCGAUGAUCGCGAUCCAUUGCUUACGGAUGCUGCUGCACUACGGAGGAGGGUCAGCGUGGUUCCCGUUAGCUACAUGGAUCAACGCCAUCGUCGACCUUCCAUAACUUCUUUGGAGGUGCUCCGCAGCUUCAAAAGCAAAGUAGGAAGGUCGUUGUCU